CGAAUAAUAUAACAGUAUAUAAGCCUAUUAUAAAUUAUAUCUAUUUUAUUUAAUUUUCUGAUUCGUGUUUACGUUAUGUUACGUCCUUUAAUCAAUAAUUUAUAGAGAUAAAUAUUAUAGAAUUUAUUAAAACAGUCAGACUAAAGUACAUUGACUUGCGAUUAGAUUCAUUUCAUUCAAUAAUAUUUACAAAUAGAAGAUAUAGAAAUAUAGAAUCAUAAUACUUUUAUAAUUAUUUAAAUAGCUGUUACAGAUGUAGGCCUAAUAGAUGAAUGCUAACGUAACCAAAACUUGUGAAAUGUUAUUAGAAUGUAAAGCGAUUCUGGAGCUUCUCCGGACUGUUUCUUCUUCCAUUAAAAAUUGACCGAUGCCAAUAUUUACUUAAGGGUUGGCCCGUCACUCUACUCUUGUUUACAUAGAACUACGGUGGAGAUGUUGUUAGUUUAUCAAGAGUAUAGCGAGCCGUUAGACCUACGAACGGAUUCGGACGAAGCGGAUUACACGCUGCCGACAGACGAAACCUAUUACAGUCAACCCUGCGACCUACCUCCCGACCAGGAUGACAACGUUCAUAAAGAAGACGAUGAUUACUACGAGGAGGUGAGCACGUGCAAUUGUCACGACGAGGAUGAGCGACCGGCUGACGAAUACGAUGAGCCAUGGGAAUGGAGUGUCGGGCGACAUUUUGCCAGCAGCCUGCAAAUAUCGCCUACUCGGCCAUUGAGUACAGACGAAUCGUCCUCAGUAGCUGAAGAAACAAGAGGAGACGACGACGACAUGACUACGCGACAAAGGCAUAUUUACGAGACGGCCUUCGACAGUAGAGUGAAGAGGGAAGUGGAAGACAUCGAUCGCUUAGCUCAGAGUCCCGUCCUUCACAGUGACUAUCUAAGGACCAGGUUGGGAUCGGGAGACGGGGCAGGACUACGCAUCAUCUCCAGACCGCCGUCUAGCACGGGUAGUUGUUCGUCGUCCAGUACGCCGACGCAUCAGCCUCGCGUCCUCAGGGAGUCGCCACGCUUGGCUCCACGACCUUUUCCGCCUCAUCUGACACCGACCGAAAAGAGAAAAGUCACCCUGGUUAGGGAUCCGUCGUCGUCGCCCAAAGCGCAUCACAUCCGCGUUACGGCCAGCGUCGAACCUUUACCGAGGACUUUGCUCAAUAAUCAGAACGGUUCUCCGUUCGUUACCAAGAAACCCAUUCACGGUCAUCAAGGUAUUAAAGUGUUACCAUCCGAACCAUGCAAAAAUAAAAAUUCUACCUCCAACGAAACGCACCGACCUGAAAGGGUAACGAACGGCACCAAUUUAAAGACCACCAAAGACAUGGACCAAUCGUCGGUGAGUUCAGACUCGCCUAAUAACGUGCCCAGAAAAGUGGCGGCUCUGGAAAGCACCCGGUUUCCCUGUCACGCAGUCAGUUCGGGGGAAGCGCAGAGUCCCCGGAACGAUAACAGGCCGUCGGACGAUUACGAUCCGCCUUGGGAGUAUCCGAAAUUGACUAACGGCAUCACCACAGCCGUGACGUCGGAACCUCGUCACGACACAGAGACUAACUCCUCGGGAAACACCGAAUCCGCGUCGAGUUCGUCUCCUCCACUGUCCAUUAAUAAAUCUGACGUGCCACCGUCUUUAACAAAGCCUUCAGGUCCUCCCGCUAGACCAAAUCUCAAUCUGAAUCUGAACGUUGCGAAUUCGCCCAAGAGAGCCAGACAGAAUCUAACCUUAAAUUUUGGUUGUUUUGCUCUGAGUGUCGUUGGAGAGAAAGUGGAUCCAAGUAUACCACUGGAGAAACAAGGGUGGUAUCACGGAUCCAUCAGCAGGUUAGAUGCCGAAAAUUUACUGCGCGUGUUGAAAGAAGGCAGUUACUUAGUGAGAAACAGCGAAAGUUCGAAGCAGGAUUAUUCGUUGUCUUUGAAGAGCGCCCGAGGCUUCAUGCAUAUGAAGAUCGUCCACAACGACGGUCGGUUCAUCUUGGGUCAGUUCAGCAAGCCGUUCGCCAGCAUUCCGGAGAUGAUCCACCAUUACUCCAUCAACAAACUGCCCAUCAAGGGGGCGGAACACAUGUCGCUUCUCUACCCCGUCAUCGACCAACUUCUGUAGGAUAUAUACGGGCUUCCCGCUCUAUUCUCGCCGUCUCUCCUAAGGAGAGUAGCCGUAGUUUAGCCACUUUUCUAGAUUAUCGCCGUUGUUAAAAACGAAUUGCGUGCGUGACCGUUCCACGUCUAGUUUUUAUCUUACGGUCCGUAACCGUGCCAUAGUUCUUCUGUCGUAGGAUGGAGGUGACCGAUUAUACCUUUUUCCCUAAAGGAGGUACUCGCCCGGCGGGAAAGACGACCUUUUUCUUUUCACAAUUAAAUCCUUUAGAUGUGGUAGUUUCCCUCAUUUGGGCGGACAAGCAUACCCCCAAGAAGAUUCCAACUUUUUCGCUCUCUCUCGUCUAAUUGGCUAUCGCUCUAAUUAAGGCAAAGCCAUUAACGAGUGAUGGCGGUCGAAUGCCAGCAAAGUUUGAAUAAAAUCGCCUCUUCUUCCUUCGAACGGCGCUUGCUCGGUCGCCGUCCCGCGGCGAGUUGCCUCCCUGGCAGUCGAGGGUUCACCUCCUCCCGUACUUAGCUCCGUUCGUACGGUUGUGGUCGUAUUUUUCGUCAUUCCUAUUUUUGACUACGUAAAUAAAAACGAUACACGUAUGUAUAUAUACACACAUACGUCAGCAUCUCGACCACGAGAAUCUAUAUAGGUAUGUGUAUGUAUAUAUAUAUAUAUAAAUAUAUAUAUAUUUACACACGCAAACACACGAUAAACAAAUAGUCUCUAGCUUGGUGUCUAACACUCUACGUACUCGUACGCUCCGGUGUGUCGGAGAAGAAAGACGUCGACCCGGCACAACUCGAAGGGGAAGGCCCUCGGACCCGUAGAGUGUCCGAAGGCCUUCCGAUGGUCGAGAGCGUCUAGUGGCGGGUGGACGGGUAGCGAGGUUGGACAGGUGCCUUACUUUGGUGCCAAGUUAACACAAACACAAUUUCCUCCUACAGAGAUUUGUACUUUUAUCGAAACGUUCGUAUGUGUCGGUGCGUGAAUGGAAAUCCACCGCUUCGAACCGAAGGACCUUUACGUGGAAAUCUUUAAAAGUUGGUGCUAUUUGCAGGGGGCGGAGUGCAUCUUAUUCGUUGUUAGAGAGUCGAGUGGUGAGUGAAUGGCCGAGACGGUAGCCGGUGCCAAUUUCGAUCCGUGUUGUUACGUUUUGUUUGUGUCGAUAUUUAACAAAGAGAAAAAGUACUUAUUUGUUGAAUCCACUUCUCCCAAUUCCCGAAUCGAGCUUAACUAUUGAUAGAAGACGAAAACGUGUUGCCGAAAUCAUUUAAUCGGUUAGGUUGUUAGUUAGUCGAGUAGACUAUAAUUAGUUACGAGUAGUUACGAGUAGACGUAAUGUUGACGGACGUCGAUGUUGUCUUUUUUUUUGUUACGUCAUCCCUCCGGUCGACGCCCUUUCCCCAGUAUCCUAUAAAUGUUAGAACCUCGUUUGUCCUCCGUCGAAAGGAUGGUAGCGCGAUUGAAAGGAAAUUUGUCAAUUGUAGGAGAAUUUCUUGUUAUUUUUUCGUGCGUGUUUUCCGAUCUGCUUAUCGACGUUAUUGUGAGAGAAUUAAAGGGAGAGAGACCAAAAGUCCGACAGUUACUCGGACGUGGCGUUGGCGGAAUCGGCUCCUCCCAGUCCCGUUCCUGUACAGAACCGUGAAUGUGACCUAUAGUAAGAUGUACGGUGAUCUGUCGACUAAAACAACAGAUCUGUAUACUUAUUGUAGAAUAAAAGAGAACGAGUUUAAAAAAA